UCCGGCCGCGCUGCUCACCUGCCACCUGACCCGCCGGGACCAUGGGGUGCUGCCCAGGGGACUGCUUCACCUGCUGCCCUCAAGACCAAGACUGCUGUGAAGUGUGCUGCUGCCAGCCCGCCUGCUGCGGCUGCUGCGGCCCCUGCUGCGGCUCCUGCUGCGGCUCCUGCUGCGGCUGCGGGGGCUCCAGCUGCGGGGGCUCCGGCUGCGGAGGCUGCGGGAGCGGCUGCUGCGGCUCCGGCUGCGGGGGCUGCGGGAGCGGCUGCUGCGGCUCCGGCUGCUGCGGCUCGUCGGGGUGCUGCGGCCCCAUCUGCUGCCAGCCUACGCCUGUUUGCGAGACAAAGUGAAGCCCUCUGCCCCCUCCGCGGAGGUGGCCCAAGCAAAGCGUCCACCUGCUGCAGAUGGAGAGACUCCUUGUCUCCAGGACCUUCCUGGCUCCCAAGACAGCGUCCUGCCUCCGUGUUAUUUGUAGGCGAGGGCUUGUUCUCCAACACCUGCCCUGGGGUUUCAAGGCCCUGAGAAUAAGAGCCAGAUGCUGGUGAGAAAUGGAAACUGGGUCCCGUCCAGAGUGAUCC